AGUAACAAUAGCAAAUAGUGCGUAUAAACGGUAAACAUGGCCGGCUCCAGCAUGGGUCUGGAAACUCAGCUACUAAACCAGUUCACUUGUAACAUCUGCAAAUCUCAACUUCGCGAGCCACGUGCGCUGCCCUGUCUCCACUCGUUCUGUCAAGAAUGCCUCAAAGGAAUGUGCGGAGACGAGCUGUUCGUCCACACCCUAACCUGUCCCACUUGCAAAGAGGAGGUUAACGUUCCGGGUGGAAAUGUUUCGAAUUUCCCCAUGGACUUUCUGGCGGACAGAUUCCUAUCGGCCGUCUUGGAGAUAUGUCCAGAUGCUCAAGCUGAGGGCAACGGUGCGGAAGAAAAUGCGGACAAUAAUACGGACCGGGAGAAAGCUAAGAACUACGAGAUGUGCUACGGUCACAACAAGAUCCGUGACAUGUAUUGUCACAACUGUAAUCAGGUAUACUGUAUGGAAUGUUCGUGUGACCACGUGGACCACGCCGUCGGCACCGUUAAAGACGCCGCCAUGUCGGCGGUCCAGAACAUGACGAGCUUAGCAAACGCCGCCAGGGACCGCCACACCCCACUACAGGAAGCGAUUGAAGAGAUACGACAGUCAAUCGAAGAGACUGAAGUUAUCCACGAUGCUGCUAUAGAGGGGCUGGACCGGUCGUUUGACGAUAUGAUACGAGCACUGAAACACCGCAAGAAGGAUCUAUUGGAGGAACUAAACGAUCUGAGAUAUGAUCGGGUCAGUGUCCUAAAGAUGAAGCGGAACGAGCUGUGUGCCACCAUUAAGAAGAGUCUAGAGCUCUCACAAACAGUCACUGAGGUAAUGGAAGGAGAUACGGAUACAAACUUAAUCUACAAAGAGGAGGAACUGUGCGAUGCUCUUUACAGACUCUGCAACAAGUCUUACGUUAUAGUAACUAAGGACGAUGAUGCCAAAGUCGACUACGAGUUCAAACCAAAGAUGUUGGCACACGCUUUGGAAUCUAUCACAAGCGUUGGCGAAAUAGAAUUUCAUUUUGAUGAGGGAUCUGAAGAUGGUGAAGACGAGGAAGAAAUCUUAUAUGAUGAGGAAGAAAUGGCGAGAGAGGAAUUGGCUAGAGACGAAUUGGCAAGGGAAGAAGUGGCAAGGGAAGAAAUAGCCAGGGAAGAAAUAGAGAGGGAAGAAAAAGCAAGGGAAGAAAAAGCAAGGGAAGAAAUAGCAAAGAAAGAAAUAGAAAAUUAUAAGGAAGUGAUCAGAUCAGAAAAUAACGAGGAAUAUCGCGAGGAAAAGACGGUGGCUGAGAAUAAAGCCGUUGCCCCAGAACAAGUUGUCGUACAGGAUGCAGAAGUGCCAAGUGCCAGUAGAAAUGUCAGCAGAGAAGGACAACCGACUAAAAAAGAGAAACAAAAGGAAAAUGUUGCGCAAAAUAACAAAGAUGCUGGCAAGGAGAAGAAAGAUGUGGUGAAUGUUGGGAAAGGUGCUGCUAUCAAUGAGGAACAGUAUAAGGAGAGACCGACGGAAGAAGAGGUUGAAGAAGAAGCUAAAGACACUGUUACUGAAGAUAUUCCAAGAACAAACACAACAACAUCGCUGACGUCCCGGAGGGCAGAACGCAGUGCAACACGUGCCAGAGAGUCUAACCCGUGUUUCGAGGUGAAGUUCACAGCACCGGACAAGGAUACUAUCUCCAGAUACCGGGAUAUCAGUCGUACGCCGAUAGUAGAGUUGGGAGGCAAGGGACACGAGGAAGGACAGUUGUACUACCCUUACGGAGUGGCUAUAACACAGCAGGACAAUCUACUUGUAUCUGAUCAGGGCAACAGUAGGAUUCAAGUGUUGGACAGAAGUAGUGGGAGCUGUGUCAUGUGCUUUGGAGAGGAAGGAAACAAUCAGGGACAGUUCAACGGUCCUUCAGGUGUAACAACACACGAGGGAACACACUAUGUUAGUGAUACGGGAAAUGACAGAGUUCAAGUGUUCGACCGAGACGGGAACUUCAUCCGUUUUAUCGGGGAAAACAAGCUCCAUUCUCCACGCGGCAUAGCAGUAUCUGGAGACUUUAUCUACAUCGCAAACAGUGGGAUGGGAAUCAUUAGCGUGUUUGACAUGAGAACAGGAGAGCUAGUCGACAAGAUACACAACAAGUCACCCCAUUCAUGCGAUCUACAGCUACCAACGGGGGUAACCAGCGACACUGACGGGCAAAUAUUCUUUACGGACGCCAACAACUUCUUCUGCAACCACUUCGUGCAGGUGCUGACAAGUGAACACAGGUAUUCCCGCUCUAUCGGGGUAGUUGGCAACAGGCCAGGAGAAUUCCUCGGCCCCACAGAUCUCACCAUUGACAGUUUGGGAAACGUUAUAAUAACUGACACGCGGAACCACCGUAUCCAGAUUGUGGAUAAAAACAACAGCUUGGUGGCGUGCUUCGGAGGGUUCGGGAGAAAGAAAGGACUCUUACACUUCCCGUACGGGGUUUGUGAGAGAAAUGGUGUGCUGUACGUUUCAGACACCAACAAUCAUCGUAUUCAGGUGUUCAACUCACAGACGUCCUGAGCCGAUAGUCACGUGGUAUGAUGCAGAGUCACGUGGUAUGAUGCAGCAGU